AUGGCAGAAUAUGUAGCAUGUAUCUAUGUUUUAGAGGCGGUAAUCGACCUAAAGGUCAAGAUUCUUGAGGUAUACGGUGAUUCAGCUCUGGUAAUAAGUGAGGUGAAAGGCGAUUGGGAGACUCGGGAUAGCAAGUUGAUACCUUAUAAAGAGCAUAUCAGAAAACUGAUACCCUAUUUUGAUAAAAUCUCUUUUCAUUAUAUUUUUAGGGAAGAAAAUCAGUUAGCAGACGCUCUAGCCACGUUGGCAUCUAUGUUCAAAGUUAAAUGGAAGAAUGAAGCACCACCCAUCCAGAUUGACCACUUAGAUGAACCAACAUAUUGUCUAGUAAUCGAGGCCGAUCCUGAUGAUAAGCCUUUGUUCUACAACAUAAAGACAUUUUUGGAGAAACGGAAAUAUCCUGAGGGUAUAUCCAUUACCGAUAAGAAAGCUCUGAGAAGACUCUCUUCCAAGUUCUUCCUAAACUGUGAUGUAUGA